GUCCAGCCCUCGUCCAUGCUUGACGGGGGAGCAGGAAGGGGACGGGGUUGGGAUUUUGGGGCAGGAUUCUGGGCACCCGUACCCUUGUUGUUUUGGUCCCGGCCUCUACGCCGUGCCAACCUCGCGGAUGGAGUGGGGAUAGAGGUCGGCCGGGCGGCCUGGCUCCGCGGGGUGGCUGCGGCUGUUGGCGCCGGGAUGCAGUCUCCGGAACCAAUCGAGGAACGGAGCAUCUCCUCGAGGCCGGCAAAGUGCUUGCCGACCUCAACCGCCACCGCCCGCGAGAUACAGGCCACCAUUUCCUCUCUGCUUGGGAGGGAGUCCACCUCUACCAUCCCAGCAGCCGUGUUGUGUGGCCCGCGAGCCUGCAACCCCGCAGCACGCGAGGGCGAAAGAGGCGGCGGUAGCGCCGGCCACUCAUCCACCAUCCUCGCCAGUGGCGAACGGAUGUCUUCAGCCCGCGCUGGCGCAGGGCUUAGCCUUCCUCUCCGUGUAGACGCAGGGGCGGCCGAUAUCCGCGGAGGCGGCGCAGGCCUUAACUCGACCCUACGUGGAGGGCGAGGGAGCGCGGGGCUAGGCGCUAGCGGGACAGGGGCCACAGGAUUGGGCUCUGGCAUUUGCGCCGUCACACUCACAGCGGAACGCAAUUGCACGUCAAUAUCCAUCGCCCCCGCGGGGGGGCCAGAGCGUGCCAGCGGCGGCCUCGGCAACAGGGGAGUCCCUCCCCGCAAGGCCGGGGUAUCUCCCGAGAUGCGACUCUCUCUGGAGUCACAAUGAGCGACAAGAUCUUUGCUCUCCACCUCUCGGCUCUCUACCAAGUCAUAAAGCUUGGACAUGGUGGGGAUCAGCCUUGUUCUCACCAUAGCGGCUGCCUCCCGGAGCCGUUUCCGGUAGCUGCUGCCUGGCUCGGCGCCCUUGGCAGCCACAGUCGACAGCAGCUUGCCCAAGUUGACCAGUGCAAGGUCGAGGUCCCGGAACGUCUCGUCCCCGCUAGCCAGGGACGCGGCCGACGUCGACAUCGACUCCACGGACGUCGCUGGUGACACAGCGCCCCUCCUCCUCACUGGUACCCACUGGGGAGCGGGCAUCGCGUCUUCCGACGUAGCAGGCCCCGGAACCACCGGAGUCACCUCCUCGAUGGCCAUCGUCUUUUCCGGCACCUCAGUGCCGGAGGAUGACGCGCAGCUGUCAUCGGAAAUUGGUAGUGCCGUCUUUCUUCUCCCCCUCUUUUUCCCCGCCGAUGGUUUGGUGGGACUGAUUAUACCCGAGUCGCUGGCGAGCGCAGAGCGCAUCGAGCCGGCGAUCGGGGAACACCUCGGUUCGACGGGAAUUCCGCUGCCCGUCGCACAGCCCCCUUCAUCCUGACAAUUGUUGCCCCCCCCAGAGUACGUGGGGCAGCGUGCUUCCACUGAGGUGGAAGCACGGAGGGAUUCUCCGCCCGACUCGCGGGCGGUACCCUCCUGGGGUACAAACUUUUUACAAUGUGCCAUCAUAUAUUGCCUUUUUAUUAACCAGGGGUUUGGUCCCCUGGGAUCUAUGACACCCUCGGGACUGGAAACCCUCCAGCCAUACAUCCCAUCGCCGGGUGUCGAGCUUGGGAUUAGGGCAUUUUUGAAGAGGUUUGCAUCCUCGCGGCUUCGACCAGUAAAGGCAGAAGCCCCCGUUCCCCAUGACUGGGGUUUACGGUUUGGCCGACGGUGGCCGAAGCCUGUCCAUCGCCCACAACGCGGUGCGGAGCCACGCCGGCGAACCGGUACCUCCCAUAUCUGGAAGGCCUUCCCCUGUAGCCGAAGCCGGGGACAUGGCAACCCGCAGCCGGAAGACACCAAAGUGCCGCUGGCUCACCAGGCUCCCGAGAACCAACCCCUCAUCCCCAGAAUGGAACUCUUUGUCAGUGCAAAGGGCGUGGGGAGAAGGUCCCUCGCUCCCUCUCAAGGCAUCCCCCGCAGAACGCGAAGGCGGCCGAGGAGAGCUGGGCGCAGUUCUCUUAGUCGCGGCGUCCCACACAGAUUCCUCUGCACGCGAUUUUAGGGACGCACGCUUAAGCCCCACCGCCACGACAAGGCGGAACUACAUUCGGUGGGGAUUCUAUGAUGUAGCAUGUUUUAUAAAAUCGAAUUACAAAUACAGUCAAAAUCUGUUAUAACGACAUCGAAGGGACUGCUCAUAUUCAGUCGUAAAAACCGAUAGUCGUAACAACCGGUGAUGCUUAAUGUGUAUCGUGCAAGUACAAACAAAUCAAUAGGGAAUUAUUGGAAAAAUAUAUUUAUUCAACUAUGUACAUUUUGUUUAUUACACAUAAGUACAAUGCAUAUUAUUUUUCUGUGAGCAUAAAAUCUGUAAUUUUGGACUGUUUGGAACACUUCUUUUGCUCAUAGAUAUUUUGUAAUUCACGUUGGAUUUUAAUCAACGUAUCGUCAUCGCUCUUUCCAAAUGGUUGAAAUUGUAGUGUCAUACACCAUAUUCCUUUGCUGUCUUUGUUUGAAAUUCCUCUCUCUAGCUUGGAUAUAAUACGCGAUUAUUCUUCAAUAUUAAUUUGUUUUCUUUUGUUUUGCGACAUUUUGAAAGUUUCACGAAUAACUCCACAAAGUUUUGGUGCAUCUUGUGUAUAGAUAAGUAACAAACUAACUGAAGAGAUAUGAAGAAGCGGGCUUUGACUCUACCGCAUGCACGUGUUUUGUUUCUAAGAAUUAGAAAAGACCGUACACUAAACGAAAUCCUAUUGUUUUCUUUCCUGAUUUUAAUAGCCAUUGCAGAAAAAUGUGGAUACCUAUUCAAAUUGUUUACAACACAGCUGAGCCAGUCGUUCUAACAGAUCUAAUUCUCCGAAAUAUUAGUUAAAUGUGGUCGUUUUAUGAGGUAUGUCGUUAUUAGCAAUGUCGUAUAUAGCAAUGUUUUUAAUAAGGCGGUCAUAUGGCAUUCAGCCGGGACCUUUGUUCUAGGUUAUUAUAACCGGUAUGUUGUUCUAAACGAUGUCGCAGUAAACGGUUUUGACUGUAUAUAAUUAUAAUUCAAUAGCUAACUUAAUUAGUAAAUUUUGGCAUUUUUUUAAAGUUGGCAACACGUUGUAGCUUGCGAUAAAUAAACUUUGACGCGUCUGAGUCAUCGGUUGCACAAUAAGCAUAACAUUAUUGAUUCAGCGCGGUCAUUCAAUUUAGAGUUCAAUGAUUUUUAAUGUUUUAAAAAUUGACGAUUCUGAACGACGUAACUAAGUAAAAUAGGAGCCUUGUAGCGUUGAAUCUUUAAGACUACCAAUUUAUGUAUGUAAAUUAAUUGUUUGAUAUAACACCUGAAUGCAACACUUUGGUGUUGCAUCUAUAUUUUAUUGACUAUAUUUUCGACGUUACAAAUACUUCACACAGUUUUCAUGGUCACAGACGACUGACUAAUUUUAUUUUUGAUGCGGUUCUAGCAUGAACAGUAUCUUGAAGUCUUUCAAUACACUCAACUCGGUGCUCAAUUUAAAAUUAAUUCCGUAUUUUAUAUUACCGUUGUAAAAACCACGAUAAGGUAAUAACAUUUUGAUAAAAUAAUAAUUAUAGUAUUUCUUCCUGUGAACUGUUACAAAAGUGACUUUAAAAUUCAGUACUGUGAUGAAAAAGUGAACUAAACGUGUCUAUUAAUUGUGCCAAAUAUUUAAAAAAAAACGUUGAGCGAUACUACGUUUCCCGGUUUAGACUUUGUCGUGCAAGAAAUAAGGACGAGAUUCUCACGGAGGCUUGCGGCGUGGAGCGCGGCAUUAAUGGCUACGAAUGGGCACCAAUUUAUCUAAAUUGAACAAGACCAGAGUCUCCGGUGUCAGUCAUCGCGAGGGAGCGGCUCGCAACGAUGCGGAGCGCGAGAGGCGGGCGCGCGGCGACUGGGAGGCGAGGGCGCGCGCCGCCGAGGCUGAUGCUGCGAAGCUCGCCGGGAAACUCCACGCUGCACAGAGGGAGAUUACCAGGAUGGAGGAGACAGUCAGAUCGCUGCUACAAUACAAGAGCCGCGUGGAGACUUUGAAGCAGGAGAAGGCGUCUUUAUCAUCAGCCCUGGAGGCGUCAGCGGCGCACUACCAGAGUCAGCUGGCUACGUUGAGCACAGAGAACGAGCGUCUCCGUGGCCAGCUAUCUGCGCUGUCGGCAGGACUCGAAGCUAAUGAACACGAAAGAAAGCUCGAUGACGUGGCACAGCAGGUCGUUAGGGCACUACUCUCACAGAAGAGUAUACGUGAGGAGUUAGGAUGCGCCAGGGCCCGCGUCAGAGAGCUUGAAGCUCAGAACAGAGCUUUAAGUGCGUUGCUGGUGAGGCAACUUCGCCCUGUGCCGCGUCCGUCGCCCGCCACUCCGCUUACACCCAUUACACCGGCACCGAGAGACUUGCAAGUACACCUAGUGGACGUCGGAUCGUGUGGGUCGUUGGUCUCAUUCAGAGACUCGCCACCCCCCGCUCCUCCGGUGCAGCACCCCCACCCCCUCAGUCACGACGACAAGCGACGCCAUCAGAUCCUGGCCGAUAUAUGGACUGAACUUAAGGGUCUGGAAGUAACCCCAGCAAAUCUGGCGCGUGCGCUGUCAGCCGUGGAUCCCACACUUUGGGCUCCACCGGCCAGACCUGCUACUCUCAGCCUCAAUGUACCUCCUCCUCGUUCUGACUCUGCAAAAGAUGUCAAAGAAGAUAAAGUGACUGAGGAGGAGAGCGGUGAGGCGUGUGAAGCGGGAGCUGAAUCUCCAGAAAGUGGUGCCAAGGACGAAGGCUACUCCACAAUGUCUAGUGACGUUCAGGCUGAUGCUUCAAGGCAAAGUGACCACGCUGCCGACAGGGCUUUACCGGACUUAAAUGAGGCUUCAGAUGAAACAGACAAUCAAACUAUUGUCUCAAUAAACCCUAGAGAAUCUCGAAGGCAUGCUAGGUUAUUGGCUGAGGCGGACUACAUUUACUUCCCUAUAGGUGUAGCGUUUGCUGGAGUCCGCGGCAGUUAUCCUCCUUCGAGACCCGUACUGCCUUUUCAGCACGUCGUUCGAAGCUUUUCUGAUUCACAUCUAUGUUUAAAGUUGAUAGCAGGAACGACGUGUGCCAGCAGUUGUAUGGACACUCCGACACCAAGUUCCGGAGUACUGUUAUUGGAUUUAAAGCCGGCACCGGAAAGACCAUUACGACGAGCAGCGAUCGCGUCUACUACGAGUUCCGAAAGGGUUUCAUGGGGAAGCACGGUAGAUGAAAGACCUGAUGGUUCCCAAUAUGAAGCCGAUUACGUCCAGCACUGGCUAGAACUCGACGACGCAAGAUCAGCUUUGCAACAGAGACACAGAGAUUUAGCAGAUUUAGAAUACGAUAGAGCUGAACUUGAAGACUGGAGUUUAUCGCUUUCGUGUGAAGAUCUCAGAGAUAGGCAGUCGCCAUUCGCAGAAAUCACUACACCAGGCCAAAUAUCGCUGUCCACUUUGCCGAGCAUAAGAGAAGAUGAUGCCUUAGAAUUAGAAGAAGAUGUCGGAGAUUGUCUGUGGAAUGAUUGUGGUUUUGCAACUGUCGAAAUUGAUGAAUGUAAAGGAGACGAUCCGGAAAAUUCCGAGAAGCGAUGGGAAUGUACCGGAACUCAUUCCCCUGGUGGAUCGUGGUCGAGUGCUUCGGAUGCUCAAGACAAGCGAUCUAGCACGGCAUUGAGUGAAGAUGGCGAUUGCACAAAUGUCGGUUUAGAUUUUACUAGAGACUUUUAUCGUCUCGUCAAAUAUGAAAGCACAAAGAGCUUAGCAUCAAAUUCGUCCAGAGGCAUUGCGUCACACGACGCCAAUAGUCAUUUAAGGAUACAUGACGUCCAAUCUAUGGCCAUACAAGACAGGGAACAUGCGCUUCAAAAUGUGCUCCACUUUAUAGCUGAACAACAGAAAUAUUGUCGAGAUCGUGAAGAAUCAGAUUCCAUGUCUUCAAGGCCGGUAUCAGAAAUCAGAGAAUUACCUCCUCCGUACGCUGCGGCCGACUUCGAUGACGAUUCAGUUGGCCCACGUAGCGAAGUAUCCGAAGAUAGAAGGCCAGAUUCUUUUGGUAGUUUCUCAGAGAACGAUUCAUGUGAGGCAAUUUCCGAUCGGCCUAGAGUAUCAUUUAGUGAAACUGUAUCAGAACCAAGAUUCAUUGCACGAGAGGAUCCUUACGUGGAAUCUGAAGCUUUUUAUGAAGAGUUAUCAAGGAUAGAUUCUAGCAACGAAAUUGAGGAUCUCACAAAAGUGCAACGGAAAAACGAAAUCAAUAAAAACGUUGCUGUAAGUGAUAACGAUGAUAAAGAAGAUAAUUCUGUGCAAUUUUUAAAUAGUACGCCAAAUGAUACUGAAACUAGUCGAAGCGCUGAGUCUAUUAUAGCUUUAAAAGAAAACACAGUUAACAUAAUUCUGCCCAUAAUUGCAUCUGAAAUUGAAACCCCGAAGGUGACUUUUGCGUUUACCACAAGCGAAACUGACAUAGCCAUAGUAGAUGAAGUAAUUAGUGUUUGUAAAAGAAACACAGCGCUACUAACAGUUCCUGAAGAAGAAGAAGGCUCCUCGCCAGAAACGAGCUCACCACAAAUGACUGAAUCAAAUACCACGAGCACUUCAACUGCUGAAACUGUGAUAAUAAGUAAUAAGAAUGAUGUUAAAGAAAUAAGACUUCGAGAACGGAGCCGCAUUCCCACCCUUGCUGGUAAAAGGCCUCCGUCCUCGCCGAGUAAGGGAAAAUCGAAGAUCCCCGUAGCGGGAAAACUUAGACAAGCCAAAUCAGUUCCCAAUGCUGAGCCAAUUAUUGUUAAACAAGAGAAUAAGUUGAGCUUCCACGAGGCUGCCACUUCUAAGGACGUCAUCGAAGAACUUAAUAGGAUGAUUAGACAAAGCGAAACUGGAACGCCUGGAAACGAACCUAAGAAUGAUGAAAAGAACGAUAAAGGCAAUUCGCAUAAGGACAGCGAACUUUGGGCGCCUACAGGAUGGGUGCACGUUGAAAAGGACAUAGAUUUUAGUGAUCCUAAGGCCCGAGCUAAUCUUCUAGACGUGAUGUUAGCAUCGAGCGAUUCUUCUCCAUCAUCGUGUGGCUCCUCACCAGCCGAACCUCCUCCGCCCUACUCCAGGCUACAUCGCCUGCACAGAUCUAGGAGACAAAAAACCGCGGCGGCGCUGCGUGCCCGCGGGCUCGGCGUGGUGCGUCUGGGCCGAGGCGCGUCGCGGCGCCCUACCAUCCUGGGACGGGAGUCGCUGUUCGUGCGCUACGCCGACCCGGAGCGCGCCGCGGUCGCGACCUUCGACUUCCUCGACGCGUUCUCCGCCUCCACCUCCCCCGAAGACACCCUCAACGCGCUACCGGACAAAUGAAUCGUGGGCUCGUGCAAAUGAGACGAAUUCGAGAUAAUAAGCACUAAAUGUUUAAAGGGCUGGCUUACACAAGAAGAGUUUGACGAGCGAGGAUUUUAAAUAAAUAUAAUCUUGUGUAAUGGAAACAAACAUGUUUUGUCAGUCCAAGAGCGAUGUUUUCAUUAAGUGUCUUCAUUAAGGCGCUAUCUAAAUGAAAUUUGAAAUUAGUUCUGCACCCGCCCACCUCGCAGUUGGCGGGAGCGCGGCAACUAAUCAGAGAACGCCACGUGACCUAGUUAAAGUAAUAUGAAGCACAGUAUAUGUAAACUUUCUAGAUACUUUCAUUUCCUUAGCACACCGACAAAAUAAAAUUAAUAUACUUAUGUGAGUGAACUCUUGUCGUCGUUUGUGAAAAAUACGAUAAUCGUACUUCAUAGUCGCUUAAGACGUUCUCCGCUCAGACCUCUCGUUGUGAAAGUCAGCAAUCAUUUUAACUAACAGAGCGAAUGCUCAAAGAUAAGUUAGUAUGGUAAGUCCAUAAACACGAAAGUUGUCGUCGCUAAAAAUGUUAUGGACGUAACGAGGAUAGACUGCUGCGUUUUGAAACGCCAAUAAGCAAUAAACCGCUCUUCAGAAUGUUAUAUUUUUGUAUUGUGAUAGUGUGUGUGGCGGUCGCGCUUCGACACGUAUGUCCGUUCGCAAUUAUCGAGCGCUUUGAUAUGUGAUUGAAUCGCAUGAAUGCAACGUUUGUAACGAAUUGAUGAGUUUAAGGUUCGGAUGCGUUUAUCACGCCUUUCGUUCCGGGCAUUGCUUAAACCUGGAUCUUAACACAAAGAUCUGAUACAAUUAACCCGUGCUGGGCAAUGGCCCAGUGAAUGCAGCCUGUCCCUGCUUUUGCAACAGAAAUGUAAUUAUUUUUUUUCAAAUAAAUGAAAGGUUAUAUUUGCUUAUGUAGUUUCUCGAAACUAAGCCAAAAUAGUUUUAUUUUUAGUGUAGCUUUUUAAUCAUGCGGCCGCUUCAACUGUGUGGCUGCAGCUUAAUAGAUUUUUCUCGAACUCUUCGAAAUCUAGAUCUUGUAGGUGUCGUAGUAUUAUCACUAUUGGAUUAGAUUAAAACUAUGAUGAAGCACCUAGUCCUUUCGAUUCUAUACUAGACUGUACUCGAUAUAUGUGAAUAUCUAUAUAUAUAUAUAAUUAGGACGCAUGUGUUGAUGUGUGUGAUUAAGAAUGUAAUAAAAACGACUGAUCAACAGCAAUAAUUGUUUCCGACACGUGUUACUGAAAAAAGCGCAAAUUCACGCCUUAAUAAAUUCAAUCUUAUAAUUGCUUAAAUGUAACGAACAAACAAUCGCUAUACAAUCAAUUACUUCCCGCGAUACGUUGCUUGAGCUUCAUCCACGAUGACUUAGGUAAGGAAUAUGAGAUAAGUAAUUGAAAGCUGCGGCCUCGGAGUAAUGUGAUAUUUUUGUAUAUACUGUAAGGUCCCAAUUAUUUUCUUAUAUACAUUUAAAUGGAUUCAUUUUUAACCGAACGAUGAAUUGUUAACGGGAUUAGGGUGAUGUUCGGUGUGUUCCAGAGUCGCACACGUGUUACUGACGUUCGUCCGAUUCGGUAAUCGAUAUUACGCCCGUCACUGUCGUGCUAUCGAUAUCGGUAUUGUGUCAAACGAGCGCGCAGCACUAUUCGUAAUAAGUACUUGUGUAAAUAAUUAAAAAACUAUGAUAUUAUGUAACGACUUGAUUAUCGAAAUAAAAUAGUUCUAUAACAAUCUUCUAACCAUAUACAGAGAUCCAUCAAAUCAAGGGGUACUUAGUAAAUUUAAGUGUACAUAAAAAAAAAGAACUAAUUUGACUUCAUUGUAUGCUAAUUAUUGUUUUGUAUCGUUACUACGAUGGCGUUCAUUUCUUUGUAUAUCUAAUUAGAGGAACAUAUCAUUAAUUUUGAUUGUGUAUAGCGUAAGACAACGAUUUAUGUGUUUCAUUAGGUACAGUUUAAAUAUGCGAAUAACAAUCGUGAAUAUAUAUAUUUUAUUGAUGGCCGUCAUAAUGAAAAACCAAUAUUUUAGCUCAAGAUUAUUAUUGAAUCGGGUAAGUUGUGUAUAAGUUGCACUCUUAGAAUUGCGCCUCGACGUUAUACGUUUUAUCCUAAUAUUAUUUUUAAUAAAUGUAGCUGAAAUAACGUCAUAUGACUUUUUUUAAGGGAUUUUAUGACCUGGUAACUAAGAGCCUUAAGUCAUCUCUUAUUUUAAUUUAUAUUCUUAUUUUUAUGAAAAAUGAUAAUAUGGAGUGAAAUUAAAUGAGAUGAGAUGAUACGGGAUGAAAUAUAAUCUCAGUAACAUGGUGGUCAUUUACUGAGAUUUUUUCGGUGUACUUUUUGGAGUUAAUAAACCACCGAUAUUACACAUUUGAACCUGAAGAAACACUAAAUAGAUAAAAUAAAACAAAUCACACAACUUCACUCCUCGCGUUCCCGCCAAAAAGUCUCAUAUGACGUUAAGAGUGAGAUGUUGCCAGCGAAAAAUUGAAAACUUUUUUAUUAAUCUUCCCUUCAUUGCUUAUGUUUUCAGAGUACAAUACGUUGUGGUUUAUUGUUCAUCUAAAUACUAUUUUAUUAUUUAUAUCUAAGAAAUUAAAAUGAAUCUCGAAGCAUAAUUAAUUACAUUAUGAAAAAAAAGUUGAAUAUCUAUUCGAUAUAAUUCUCCACUGCUAACAAUCGAUGUUAUCGCCUUUUUGCUGAAUUAUAAUCAAAGCAGUACGUACGCCCACAUAUCGAAUUACUCAAAACUGUUAUUUAUAAAUAUUCAGAUCUGAUUAAUUAUACGUCAUCAAUGAUCACGUAUUCCCGUGUUCACAACGAACAAGAGAGAGGUUUUUUUCCAUUCUGCCUUAUUUGUCAAUUUAAGUUAUUGAUGCGAAUGAUCAUUCAUGAUAUUUGGUGCAUAUUUAUUAAUAAACUUAUUAAUUAUAAACCUCAUUGAUAUUCUCGUUAUGUCGUUUACACUGAUAGCAAUUUUCGAAUGUGAUAGAAAGAGAUAACACGAUAAGUAAACUAGGAUUCGGUAUCACCACAAAUACCAACAUACAGCUGGGUUGCCAUUUGUUUUAAUUAAAUUAUCUUGAUAAAUUCCGAAAUUUAUCAGGAAAUUUGAAAGCCCAUUUGGAAUAGAAGGAAAAUUAAUAAAGCAUUUACUAUAUGUUAUAAUAUUUAAAAAAAUCGAUGAAUGUAUAUGUUAAUACUAACUUCAUUAACAAUAGCAGCACGAUUGGAAUUCGCAUAUAAACUGUAUAUAUUCGCGCUGAAUUAUCUGCUAUUAUAAAAAAAGAAAGAUUAAUUCGAUUUGAUACGGUUUUGAACCUCGUAUAACUUUUAUUAUACUUAUUUGUAAGUUUUACGUACCAAAGCGACAGUUCAGGAUGCAAUUUGCCACCACUUGUUAUGCUGCAAAUUUAUGUUUUAAGUUUUGCUGUAUGUUGGAUCUUAUCGUUGUUUUCGUUUACAAUUCGUUCGUAUAACAAUUUUAGUAUUCAAUUCGCAUUCAUAAUCUUUAGUAAACAUUGAAUUUGUAAUAUACUAAUUCAACGAAUACUAUAAAUUAUUGCUGAAGCAUUUCAAUGAACACGCAAAAGUGUUCACAAUUUAUUCAGUUUUAUCGGAAUUUAAUAUGAACUUUUAAAAUACACGAUAAGAUCCGACAGUUUUGAGUUUAAUUUCUUUAAGCUCCGUUCUCAGACCGCAAUUAUAAGACAGAUUAUAUUAAACAAUAAUAUUGAAUAUUUAGAUUUCAAAUUAACAACGUAGGUCAAUUUGACCUAAAAUCCUAAAUGUUGUGCAUGGGCGAACAGUGGUAUUAAAAAUUUAAUGUCCCUUUUUUUUCUACCUAUGAUCAUCGCUUGAAAUCAAGCUGGCCAUAGUCAACUAAAAAAAUACUGCUAAAUCAAACUAAUUCGUCCAAAGUUGGCAACAGUGUCACAAUUCUAAAUACGUCAUCUGACUUAUCAAUGCAGCCUGAGUUCCCUGAUUUAAGUGAUGAAUAUUGAAGACAAUAAAGGAAGAUUUAUACCUAUUAUAAUAAAUAAUAACGAAACGAAUCGAUCGAUAUUUAAAAUUACUUAUUUAGUGUAAGUUACUAAAAAGCAACGGUGUAGUUAUUGCGUUAAUAUUUUUUUUUUCUGUGUAUCUUACAUUGUUUCGAGAAAAAAAAAAGGAUUCGGAUAGACGCAUAAGUUAGUUAAAAAUACACCAAAAUAUAUAUAUAAAAAAAGUUUACAUUUUUUUCGUGUCCAGAUUUUCAUUUUUAGGACAUACACAAAACUUGAUAGCGUUAUUUUUUGCAGUCCAAAGAAGCUGCAAAUCUUGAAAAUUCGGUAAUUUUGAGAAUUGUAUCUCCCAAUGUACUUUUGAAAAAUAUAAUUUGACUAUUGCGAUUCAUAAUUAUUGUAUACUAGUUCUGAAGUGUUAACUUCGCAAGUUAUAUGUUUAUAAAUUAUUUUUAACCUUAUAAAUUUAACCUAUACUGAUGCGUGUAUCCGUAGGAAAUGUGACAGACAAAUAUAUCUAGACAUUGCAAACAGAGUGCAAAAGAAAAGCGUUUAGUGGAAGUAAAAUAUUGGAAUAAAAACUGCAUUAUGUUCGAACUAUUGCAUAAAUAACCUCAAUAAAUUUUUAAAGGUCUAUUCAUCGACGACUUUAUAUAAUCGAUCUUCAACACUGCCCCUAUCUAUAGUUAAAUACCUAUCCCACUCUAGAACUAUCGGAAAAUAUGCUCCAAAUUCAUUCAGGACCAAAAAAAUACAAUAAUCCGGUAGGACUAGGUCUAGGGCAGUCCCUACUUAUUCCUGCCGUGGAGAAGUGAUGCAUUCCGUUCAGUAUGCCAACAAUAAAUUGAACAAUGAUGUUGUUCAACAAUAGACACAAAAAACACUAGUUAUUUGUAUUUUUAUUCCAUAUUAAUACAACAGAGGAAUGCAACACAAUAUUAGUAUAGUCUCAAUAUAAAAAUAUUAUUUGUGAAAAUUAUCUUUAUUUCCAAUUAUUUUCUUCCACUAUCGAGCUCUAUUUUACACCCUGUUAAUAAAUGAAAUGUUUAGGGAUGUAAUAUUUAAAAAAUAAAAUAACACUUAUCGUAUUCUCGAAUGAUAUUAUGUAUGGUUCCAAUUAAAUUACUCGAUAAAGACCAACCCUUGUAAUCAUUAGUUGUCGUCUCAUUAAUAUUGGCAUUAAAAUCUUGUAUGUAAUCUUAGGAGCCGUGAAGUACUGUGAUCAGUAACUACCGCCGUAAGGAAGUUGUGUUAGGUUCGUACACAAGUGAUCUAAGUAUAGAUGAAACUAAUAAUGACUUCUUCUAAACUACUAUGAUAUGCAUUUUUUAACGUUCAUUUUUUCUUUCUUCUAACUUUUACGAGUACUAUAGUUAUUAAAUUAUAUUUUGCGGGGUUUUCGCAAGUCGUAAUUAUAAUUAACAUUACUUUUACGCUUUAAAUUUCAUUUUCAUUUUACUAUUUCUGAUGUUUCGAGUACUUUACAAUCUUCGUUGUCACGAACUGUCAAUUUUACUGGUGGUAGGAGGACCUCUUGUGAGUCCGCGCGGGUAGGUACCACCACCCUGCCUAUUUCUGCUGUGAAGCAGUAAUGCGUUUCGGUUUGAAGGGUGGGGCAGCCGUUGUAACUAUACUGAGAUCUUAGAACUUAUAUCUCAUGGUGGGUGGCGCAUUUACGUUGUAGAUGUCUAUGGGCUCCAGCGACCACGUAACACCAGGUGGGCUGUGAGCUCGUCCACACAACUAAGCAAUAAAAAAAAAUCGUUCGUAAAAGUGAUUUUAAUAGAACUUUUAGCAAGUUUAAAUUUGGUGUGAAAUAAAAAAAUCGAAGAAUGAUCUCAAUUUGCAAUAAUCGAAAAUAAGUCGUUGCUCGAAAAAUUAUCUUAAAUAUAAUAUGAAUCCAGGGUUUUUUCCAGAUAAAAAGGUAGUUUUUAAUUUAAUUUAAAUUUGAGCCGGCGAUCUAAAGCAAAAACAGCGACGUCACGCGAGUUUUUCCAAGUUGUUUCAAUAUUGUGUUACAUUGCGUGCAAUACCCAAGAUGUUGCAAUAUUCAAAAUAAUUUGCUAAAACCUUAAUCUCGUUUAUUUUAAUUUACUUAAAGCUACUUAGAUCACUUAUGUUCUAGCCUAAGUGUAAGUUGUGUCGAUAUUCGGUGCAUAUGUUGUAUAAACUAUAGGUAAUGAAAGGUAGGUACUUGGAACAGUACAAAUUUGUAGCGUUACAGUAUAAUUUAAUUAUCUACUAUAAACAGAUGGGUUCAAUAAAUGAUUCCGUUCCCAAAUAUA